AACACUUUCACCUGCACUCAGUGUGGAAGGAGUUUGACAUGCAAAUAUAGUCUUGAUGUUCACAUGAGAGUUCACACUGGAGAGAAACCAUUCACUUGUGAUCAGUGCGGGAAGAGUUUCACAGAAUCAUCAAACCUUAAGAAACACAUGAACAUCCACACUGGAGGGAAACCACACACGUGUGAUCAAUGCAGCAAAACAUUUUUGAGAGCUUCAUACCUGAAGAAUCACCUGAGAGUUCAUAGAAAGGAGAAACCACAUUCAUGUUAUUUGUGUGGAAAGAGCUUUUCAUUACUACAACAUUUAAAAGUACAUCAGAAAAUACAUACUGGUGUGAGAGAGUACAUGUGCUUUGAGUGUGAAAAGACUUUUACUUCAGCAAGCAGUUUAAAACAGCACCAGAUGAUUCACACUGGAGAAAAACCUUAUAAGUGUUCACACUGUGACAAGAGAUUCAGUGUGUCAUCAAAUCUGAAAACACAUGAGAGGAUCCACACUGGAGAGAAACCUUACACGUGUGAUCGGAGAGAAACUGUACACAUGUGA